AUGGGUAGAACAUCUCCCCAGGGGCUGACGGCCCAAGAUUUCCAUCACCAGCCUUAUGUCAAUCCCAUCGAUGUCUUCCCGCCCAAGGCGCGGCUGGCAAACCGGUCUCAUAACUACAGAUCACCGAUAAGGGGCCAGGUCCCGUCAAGAAGUCCUUCGCAGUUUGCCACAGAGCCUCACAAGUUCGCUUGUUGUGGCGAGGACGAAGGUUCUUCCUUCCGUCCGUCGGGCGCCCUCAACUGCUGUGUCGACUACGAACAUGGAGCCAACAGCCUGGUCGACUUUGGACCGUCUGCCGAUGACUUUACGGCCUGCUGCGAUGAACCGCGCCACAGUUCUCCCAGUCCUAUGGACUGUGAGGAUUGCGUUGAUGACUGCGAGGACUGUGUGGAAGAGCACCUGAAAGCGAAUCAACGAGCCAAUGACUGUCUCGACGACUGCGAGGAAUGCAACGAAGAAACGGACAUCAAGUGCCCCGAAGGCGCUGUAUGUCAAGGAAACUGCGGUGAAUGUGACUUUUCCUGCUUCGACUGCAUCGAUUGGUCUCAGUUUGAACGGGAUAAGACUUUGGGUCUCUCGUUCCCUGUUCCGUUGUUGGACCAGAAUACCUUGAUGGACCCAAACCUCCAAUUUGAUGGAACGGACCCUUCCAGCUUUCAAGAUUUCGAGAUGUCUAACACCCAGGCCGAUGUAAUCGCACCUCCUCUCGAUGUACCUAUGCAUCAUCAGUGCUUUGACAGCACUGUUCCCUACUGGAAUAAUCUGGCCCAGGAGCAGAUUUGCACCGGCGAUCCUGGACUAAGUCAGCAACUUCCGUUACCACCAUUUAGACUGGACUUUGGCUGUCAUCCCGCUACCGCUCAUCAGCGGCCCUCUCUCCCAGUCUUUCCAACAGCGGGCCAAAUAAACCCCACUACAACUUCAAACCUUCAGCCAAAAGCCCUUCUUCCCGCUGCACCUUCCAAAGACCCUUUGAACUCCACCAAAGACCUCCUUAAUGCAGUCACUGCCCCAGAAACUUCUCGAGCAUGCCAAUGGCUGAUGCCUUGCGGCACCGUGUGCGGCGCCUCCUUCGCCACAGGCACCGACCUUAAGAAGCAUCUUAAAUCCGUCCAUUUAGUCAAAGGCGUAACAAAGUGCCAAUGGCAAGGCUGUGACUCUCCAGACUUUGGCUCCGAAGCCGCUCUGACAGGUCAUAUUUCAAAGAAACAUCUAGCGUCCUUCCUCACCACGUUCCCUUCAGCCUCUUCUUCCUCGUCAGCCAACAACGCGUUAGGCCAUCGACAUCAACACGUCCACAAAUCCGAGGGACCGUUUAAAUGCACCUUUCCUUCGUGCCCAAAAUCCUUCAUGUACAAACAGGUGCGAGACGAGCACGUGGCCACCCACCACAACGGCAACAAAAUGUACUGCCACAUCUGCAACACGUUCCUGAAUGGCGAAGGCUCGAAUUUUAAGAGACACAUGGCCACGCACAGGCCCAAACACCAACACACGCUGUGCAAGUACCAUGGGCUGGGGUGCAAAAGGCGAUUUCCCAGGCUGGACAAUCUCAGGAGACACGAGGCGUGCUGCAAGUUCGGAAAGGGUCUGAAGGCCAAAGGCGCCGACAGCGGCGAGACCCAGCACCACCGCCAUGCCCACCAUCAUCACCCUCACAGUUGA